GGUCGCCUCUCACUUGCAUUCGGACCCAGAACCAGGAUGGACAAACAACAAGAAGCGGCGCAGGCGGACAGCAUUUCCACCGUCGGUGUCAACAUCAAGGUGCAGGAGUAUCCGCCUUCGGAAGUAUACACGUCCGAACCGCCUCCGGCCUACGUCCGCCCGAGGGGAACGGCGGUCCAGAUCGCGAAAAUAGCCGCUGUCACGCUCGUCGCCGUCUCUGUCAUCCUCGGCUUCUUCAUGGUCGCGACUGCUUACGUUUCCGCCUCCGUCUCCUGCUACCAGGACUACCCGGCACCCCAGGAUAACAUCGAAGACAGGCCUAGUUAUCAGCAUUUAGUGGAUCCGCUCGACUCUGAAGAGUCUUCGCAGACGAAACGCGAGUCCGUGGUACCACCUGCGCUCGAGAACGCUCAAACGGGCCAAGAACAGCCCGUACAGAUCAAACUGCCUCUCAUGCUCAACUUCGACGAACUGGCCGGCUCGAUCAUCGAAAAGAACCAGAGGUCCAGGAUGAAUUGCGUCGUCGAGAAGAGGAGGACCGAGGAGGUGAUGGACCAUCAGCCCAAGACAGUCAACCUACCGUUCGGCGUCAACCUGAAGACCGACCCCCGUCUGGAGCACGUCACCGGCGAAAGGAUGGCCAUCUUCUGCGAAAGCGGCAACGAUCAGAGCGACCCUCAGGUUGUGGUGGCAAGGGAUGUUUGGAAAAACGGAGUCCAUUUGCAUCAGGAAAAGGUCGUACGAGGGAGACAGGCUGAUAGAUUCAGCAAGUCAAAUGUACCAGUCGAGCAGCAGAUGCCGAUGAUGAUACCGAUCCAAGUCCACCAGAUGCCGAUCCCUCACCCCAACGAAAUACCUCACCACGUCCACCACAUCCCACAGGGCCAUCAGGUCCACCCGAUGUUCCAUCAGGCCAUCCAGCACCAAAUGCAACAUGAGAUGGUCCAACAUCCCCAAGAACAACAGGUCCACCUCAAGUUCCCACCUCAGAUUCCACACAGGAUGAUGCCAGAAGGACAGGUCAUCAUACAGGAAGAAGUGAUCCCGGUCUUCCAGCCUCACCCAAGGCCUGAAGGGCGCAGCCUGGAACACCACCCUGUAGAAGUUGUUGAACACCCUGUCCCCUCGGAUACAGUCAAACCACCUCCACCACCAGCAUUCACUGGUCUCCCUAUGCAAGAUAGACCUCAUUUCGUACAACCAAGGUCCAUCCGAUCCGUCAACAGCUUGCUCAAGAGAGACAAAAGGGUCCGUCGUUGUGCAUGCGACUGCGCUUGCUGAUUCAGCCCUACAUAAACAGAAUUAACCCACAAAGGAUAAGGAAAAAAGAAGAAAAAAAAGAAACUAACAUAUAGCAGUAAAACAUAUAAAAUGUUUAAAAUAACUACUUACACAGAAAACUAAAAUAAUCAAGUUAGAAAGGAUGUAAAUAAUUAAGACAAUGAAAUGUAAAAUUAUUAAAAUAUCAAAA